AUGGACGUGUGGCCCGGUCGGGCGCUGGGGGCUGCCUGCCUUUUGCUGCUGGCGGCCGGCUGGCUGGGGCCCGAGGCCUGGGGCUCGCCCACGCCCCCGCCGUCGCCCGCCGCGCCGCCGCCGCCGCCCCCGCCGCCCGGAGCUCCCGGCGGCUCGCAGGACACCUGCACGUCGUGCGGCGGCUUCCGGCGGCCCGAGGAGCUGGGCCGGGUGGACGGCGACUUCCUGGAGGCGGUGAAGCGGCACAUCUUGAACCGCCUGCAGAUGCGGGGCCGGCCCAACAUCACACACGCCGUGCCCAAGGCCGCCAUGGUCACGGCCCUGCGGAAGCUGCACGCGGGCAAGGUGCGCGAGGACGGCCGGGUGGAGAUCCCGCACCUCGACGGCCACGCCAGCCCGGGCGCCGACGGCCAGGAGCGCGUCUCCGAGAUCAUCAGCUUCGCGGAGACAGAUGGCCUGGCCUCCUCCCGGGUCCGCCUGUACUUCUUCAUCUCCAACGAGGGCAACCAGAACCUGUUCGUGGUGCAGGCCAGCCUGUGGCUCUACCUGAAGCUGCUGCCCUACGUGCUGGAGAAGGGCGGCCGGCGGAAGGUGCGGGUCAAGGUGUACUUCCAGGAGCAGGGCCCCGGCGAGCGCUGGGCCGCGGUGGAGAAGCGCGUGGACCUCAAGCGCAGCGGCUGGCACACCUUCCCUCUCGCCGAGCCCAUCCAGGCGCUGUUCGCGCGGGGCGAGCGGCGGCUCAGCCUGGACGUGCAGUGCGACGGCUGCCGGGAGCUGGCCGUGGCGCCCGUGUUCGUGCACCCGGGCGAGGAGUCGCACCGGCCCUUCGUGGUGGUGCAGGCGCGGCUGGGCGACAGCCGGCACCGCAUCCGCAAGCGGGGCCUGGAGUGCGACGGCCGGACCAACCUGUGCUGCCGGCAGCAGUUCUUCAUCGACUUCCGCCUCAUCGGCUGGAACGACUGGAUCAUAGCGCCCACCGGCUACUACGGGAACUACUGCGAGGGCAGCUGCCCGGCCUACCUGGCGGGGGUGCCCGGCUCGGCCUCAUCCUUCCACACGGCCGUGGUGAACCAGUACCGCAUGCGGGGGCUGAACCCGGGCGCCGUGAGCUCCUGCUGCAUCCCCACCAAGCUGAGCACCAUGUCCAUGCUCUACUUCGACGACGAGUACAACAUCGUCAAGCGGGACGUGCCGAACAUGAUCGUGGAGGAAUGCGGCUGCGCCUGAGGGCGGGGCUCCGACGGUCCCGCGGCGGGGGCACGCCAAGGCCGGCACGGCGGGGCGUGGUGCUGCCGCUGGGCUGCCCGGGAGGUGCCCGGGGGGCGGCCUGGGAUGUUUCUCUACUUCUUCAUCCAGCCAUCGGUCAAAAGCAGAGGGGGAGGGCCCUCCGUGGACACGGCCGGCUCGACAGCGCGCACGUGGCCGCGCGCGGCCGGUGGCACCCUGCCACCCACGCAGCAGCCUUCGCGAUGGCAGCAAACGGAUGCGGUGACAAAGGGCAGCUCAGCCCCAAACGCCGGUCACCCGGAGAGUGGGGUGAGCAGCCAGCAUCCCCACCAGCUGGCCUGGCCGCUCUGAGUCGCGCCUCCCAAGCACACAGAAGAGCACAAAGACAGAGACACGGGGUGGGGGGAAAGGGGGAGGGGAGGGGAGCCCUGCAGAGGCGGAGGUGGGGAGCGGGCCGCGGGCCGUGGCCGCGUGUCCCCUUUUGCCUGUGCAAGGCCUGCCGUACCUCAGCAUCUCUUGGCUCCGACCGAUGCGCGGGCUUCGUCCCCUGGCCUGGGGUCCUUCCUGCUGCGGGGACCAGGGCAGCCCCCAUCUUUUCCCACCCUUGGAGAGGGAAGGAGGCCCAGAAAGGACAUCACCUGCCGGAGACGGUGGGGCCGCGGCAGUGACCGUUUGACUGUUGCCUGGGUCCCUGGCUUGACUUCUGUGUGUGUGUGUUUUGGGGGUGGGGAGGGAGGGAGAGGAGAAGGGUCUUAAUUUGAUGCUUUAACUGAUCACUAGCAGUUGAAUGGUCAUUCGUUCCGGUUGUACAAUUGAAUGGGACUUUCCUACCAGGUCUGACCUUUUAAGUUAAAAAUCUGAAUUGUUCCAAGUGGAAAAAAAGAAGUUGCAAUCUGUGCCCUUCCCUGGGGAGAUUCCUCUAGGACUGGUUGGGGAGGAGUGGAAAUGACUCUUAGGCAAGUGGGGGUGAGCUCUUAGGAGGAGGGAACGGUGGGGUGAAGGCAUUCUGGAAAUGCUGGGGGCCGGAGGGGGGUUGCCCCCUCAGCAGGGGGCGAGGGAGCACAGCAGUUUAACUGGUCUUGGGGAAACGGGGGAGGCUUUCAGCUGCUUUGCAGAAGUGGCCCACGUGGGCCCCGGCCACCAGCGCCGGCCACAGAUGUGGCCCCCGCCUGCUCGUCCACCCGCCCGCCCCUCCUAGCACUUGCACACCCGCCUGAACGCACAUGAUACAGCCCUUGCUUAUCCGCGUGUGUCCUGAAGUGGCCCUUGGUGGAGCACUGAGCUCGCUCACCCCCAGAGGUCCAAGUGCCACGUGAACUAUGCAAUUUAAAGGGUUGACCCAUACUAGACGAAACUGGACUCGUACGACUCUUUUUAUAUUUUUUUAUACUUGAAAUGAAAUCCUUUGCUUCUUUUUUAAGCGAAUGAUUGCUUUUAAUGUUUGCACUGAUUUAGUUGCAUGAUUAGUCAGAAACUGCCAUUUGAAAAAGAAGUUAUUUUUAUAGCAGCAAAAAAAAAAUACAGUUAAAUGUAUUAUACAUAAUUUUGGAACCAAAGAGGCCAACAGAUCAGUUUUAAUUUUUAUUAGAUGGUGAGGCCAUCUUAUAUGAGGUGGAUGUUCUGAACAAUCCCUUGAGUGGCCUGCCAGUGUUUCAGGGUAUAAAUGGAUUUUGUUUAUUCAGUUUGAUGUGUCUUUUCUAUCCUUACACACCCAGAAGGUAGAGUAAAAAAGACGAUGGUAGGAUGCAGGUGUGUAUCCUUAAAUCCCCAUCUUUGUGUUUAUUUAAUAAAGCUCCCCUUAGGUUCUGUUUCAUAAUAAUUUAAAACCAAACAAUUUUCCCAUAGACUUGCUGUUAAAGUAUUUUACAUUUGUGUACAGUUGAAGAAAAUAAAAGAUGGAGUGCCACGGG